GUGGUUGGCUAAUUUGCAGGCGCGUACUUAAAUAAAUUUUUACUUUUGAGAUCAAAAACCCCUGCAAUAUUGAGAACUUUAUAACAAUUAUUAUUUACUAUUGUAAACAUAAGUGAAAAUAUAUAUACAUAUAAUUCACAUAUAAAACAUAUACGUAACAUUUAUAUUUACAAAUCAUCAACUUCGAAGACAUGGGAGAUGGUUGGCUGGGCAAAGCGGUUUCUAUAGAGUGCGACGCAAAUUUAGGUAUAUUUCAAGGGGUUAUUAAAAGUAUAUCUGAAAUCGAAAUAACUAUUGUACGAGCUUUUCGAAAUGGUAUACCAUUAAAAAAGCAAGAUGCUGAAGUGACUUUACGAUCGUCAGAUAUUAUUAAUAUUUCCUUAUUACCAACAUUCAAUGGACAACAUACUAUCACGACCACUGAUUUGAAAAAACCUACUUCUGUUAAACUGCCAAAUUUCGCUAAUGCUGGUAAAAUCGCACUGGCAUUACCUCAAAGAAACGAUGUAUUUGAAAGAGAUCAGGCUUCCUCAUUACCAAAUAGCACUUUCCCGAAAGUUGAGUCUGUUAUUAGUGAACUCUCAAAAAGUGUAUCAAAGGUGAAAGUUGACCCUUCAAAAUAUAGAAGUGUACAAAGUCUGGAAAGUAAGGUAUUUGAUAAUGGAAAAGUGCCUUGCAACUCCAGUGUUAAAGAGUUCUUCGGAAACUUGGUGCCGCCAAAGGUCGAGGCUCGUUUGGGAAGCUCACAAUUUCCAUCCUCUUCAAAUGCUGUGAAAGUUUAUGAAGCUGAUAACUUUGUUACGGGGAAUUUGAUGGGGGAAGAAGUGCCCUCAAGUUCCAAGCCGAUAGAUAUAAAAUCAAAGAAAAACCCAACCGGAGCGACUGGGUUUCCAAGUGCACCCGAUAUUCCAGGUAGCGGAAACGGAAAUAGUAAAAUGCGAUACGCUAACAGCGGCCCAAAUAACAAUGGUAGCAAUCGUAAACAAAGAAAACAAGUUCGAAAGGAUAACAUGAAACAUAGUCAAACGUUUGGCACGUCCGUCGAUGAUCCGUUGAUACAUGAGGAUUUUGAUUUUGAGGGAAAUUUGGCACUCUUUAACAAACAAGCCAUUUGGGAUAUAAUUGAAUCGGAGCAAAAGCCCGACUUGGUGCGCCAAACGUCAUUAUCAAUGCAAAAAUACCGCCAUGAUGAGAACAUAUUGACCAGUGAGCCUGUAAGACUGCGACAAAUUGAGAAUAUUUUCGAUGGAUCCUCGGAUUUUGUUACCGAUGAAGGACUAAUCAUACCAACUAUCCCAUCAUUUGUUCGUGCAAAAAUUGAAAGUUUGGCUGAAAAAGAAGGGCUUUCUCUGCCAAGACAAUUGGACAUACUUGCAAGAGGAGUAACUGAUCUCGCCAUAUUAAUAUUAGGAGGCGCUAGAAGACUUACACCAACCAACUACCACCAAUGGCCAAUAGUUGUAAUAAUAUGUACAAAAUCAAGUAAUUUAAGAAAUAGUGAUAUUGGUGCUGCAACGGGACGUCAAAUGGCGUCGCACGGUUUAAAAGUGUUACUUUAUAUGGAGGAGGAGAAUACAAAUAAUAAAAGCAGGGAAAUUAGUCUCUUCAAGGCUACGGAUAAUGUUAUUGUUUACUCCGUCGACGAAUUGCCCACGCCGGACCUUGUAAUCUUAUCAACGGAUUCAAAUAUUUUAACUAGCAAAGUAAGGAAAUGGUUGAGUGAAAAUAGAGCAUCUGUACUGGCAGUAGACCCUCCACCAGAUGGGAUUAAUGAUGUUUGCAUAAAAUAUGCUAUCUUACCGAUUUUGCCUUUAAAUGGCAUUUCAUCAAAUAACUACGGAAAAUUAUAUUUAUGUAAUUUAGGCAUACCAGAUAAAUUUUAUCGUGAUGCCGGGAUUAAGUACAAAAGUCCCUUCGGCCACAAAUUUGUGAUACCAAUACACUCAAAGGAUUGAGGAGAUAUUAUGAAACGAAAUGUUCAAAUCAAUUUUUACGCAUGAGAACAAAUUUUAAUAUAAGAAAGGAUAUUCCAUAGCCCAGCUGAAGAAGAAAAAACGCCUACGACUGCAUCAAAUGAUUAUUUUAACUACUAUUAAAAGCUGGAUUGUUACUUAAAUCGUUGGCAACUUGAUAUAUUGUCUCAUUGCUUGUAAUCGUCGUCUUGUGGGCGCAAAGAAAUUUUUUUUGUAUCUUCCAAAAUUGUGAAUUUAAAAUGUUAAUUUAGUAUUAAAUUUACAGUACUUGACCAUCAGAAAUUAAUUAAGUAAGCAAUAGCCAAGCUUUUACAUUUUAAAUAUAUGCAACAGUUAGCGAUCUGUAUGUUUCUUUCAAAAUUGUUAAAUUUCCAUGCAACUGUCAAAUAAAAUUGUCCAAAUUGUCAAAAUUAGCAAAUCAUA